AUGUGCCUGUGUACUCUGGUCCUGGCCUCUUUCUCUGCUUGCAUGGGUUAUGGGCACCUGCCCUCACCACCCAUAGCGGAUACUGUGCAUGGAAAAGUCCUGGGGAAGUACGUCAGCUUAGGAGUCCCACAGCCUGUGGCCGUUUUCCUGGGCGUCCCCUUUGCCAGGCCCCCUCUUGGAUCCCUCAGGUUUGCUCCGCCACAGCCUGCAGAGCCAUGGACCUUUGUGAAGAAUGCUACCUCCUACCCUCCUAUGUGCUCCCAAGAUGCUGUGGUGGGGCAGAUACUCUCAGAUCUGUUCACCAACAGAAAGAAAAGCAUUCCCCUCAAGUUUUCUGAAGAUUGUCUCUAUCUAAAUAUUUACACUCCUGCUGAUUUGAUGAAGAGCAGAAGGCUGCCGGUGAUGGUGUGGAUCCGUGGAGGGUCUCUUGUGGUGGGCGAGGCAUCAACCUAUGAUGGCCUGGCCCUCUCUGCCCAUGAAAACGUGGUGGUGAUGGCUAUCCAGUAUCGCCUGGGCAUCUUGGGAUUCUUCAGCACAGAAGAUGAACACAGCCUGGGAAACUGGGGUCACCUGGACCAGAUAGCUGCUCUGCACUGGGUCCAGGACAACAUUGCCAACUUUGGAGGGGACCCAGGCUCUGUGACCUUUGGAGAGUCAGCUGGAGGAGAAAGUGUCUCUGUUCUUGUGUUGUCUCCUCUGGCCAAGAACAUUUUCCACAGGGCCAUUUCUGAGAGUGGUGUGGCCCUCACUCCUGGUAUGGUCAGGAAACAUGUCAGGCCUGUAGCUGAGCAAGUUGCUAUUACUGCUGGGUGUAAAACCACCACCUCAGCUGCCAUGGUUUACUGCCUCCGCCAGAAGACAGAGGAUGAAGUCUUGGAGACUACAUUGAAAUUGAAACAUUUUCAGAUCAAUUUAUUUCGACACCACAGAGAGAACUGUCCCUUCCUGCCUACUGUAGUCGAUGGAGUGGUACUUCUAAAGGCCCCAGAAGAAAUUCUGGCUGAGAAGAAUUUCAAUACUGUCUCCUACAUGGUGGGGAUCAACAAGCAAGAGUUUGGCUGGCUCCUUCCACUGAUUAUGGAAUAUCCACUUUCUGCAGGCAAACUGGACCAGAAGACAGGCACACAACUUCUGAGGAAGUCCAGCCCUUAUCUUAACAUCUCUGAGAAUAUGAUUCCCGCUGCCAUUCAGGAAUAUUUAGGAGGGACAGAAGACCCUGUCAAAAAGAGAAACUUAUUUGUAAACUUGAUUGGAGAUGUGCUAUUUGCUGUCCCAUCUGUACUUGUGGCUCGUCAUCACAGAGAUGCUGGAGCCCCCAUCUAUAUGUAUGAGUUUCAGUAUCGCCCGAGCUUCUCAUCAGACCUGAAACCUGGGAUGGUUUUGGGAGACCAUGGGGAUGAGCUUUCCUCAGUACUUGGUGCCCCAUUUAUAAAAGAGGGGGCCUCAGAUGAGGAGAUCAGCCUCAGCAAGAUGGUGAUGAAGUUUUGGGCCAAUUUUGCUCGGAAUGGGAACCCCAAAGAGGAGAGUUUGCCCACAUGGCCAGAAUACAACCAGAAGGAAGGCUACCUGAAGAUUGGUACCGCCACCCAGGCAGCCCAAGGGCUCAAAGAUAAGGAAGUAGCUUUUUGGACCAAGGAGGCAGUAGAGAAGCCAUUUCAGGAAAAAAAAAAACUGAACUAUGAAUGGGAACUCCAGCCAGUGGCUGAAGGCUAA